AUGCGAUGGAAUACAGAAACAGAUAUGUUGACUUUCCAACAAACCUAUAUACCAGUCACAGAUACUACAACGAAACGAGAAAUCUUGCGACAUACGUCAAAAAUGUUCGAUCCUCUUGGUCUACUUAGUCGGUUACGGUACGUGCUAAGAUUAUAUUGCAACAAAUUUGGGAAGUUCGAUUGGGAUACUCCACUUCCAGCAAAUAUACAAAAGAGGUGGAAAAAUCUUGCUACAGAUUUGACUACACUAUCCACCACUCAAUACAGACGUUGCUAUUUUCCCGGAGCAGACGAGAAAAUUAGACAAGCAGACGACCAUUCACAUACUACCUUACACGUGUUUGUAGAUGCUAGUCAGUCAUCAUAUGGAGCUGCAGCUUACCUUUCCAAUGGUCAAAAUACAUCACUAAUUAUGGCAAAGAAUCGUGUGGCACCUCUUAAAAAACUUACGUUACCCCGACUAGAAUUAAUGGCAGCUGUAAUAGGUGCUCGACUUUUAAGCCACAUAAAGAAGACAUUAAAACACACAAAUUUCUAUCUUUGGUCAGACAGUCAGAUUGUUUUACAUUGGUUAGAAACAGCUAAAACUUUACCCCGCUUCGUGAGGAACAGAGUCGAAGAAAUACAAAAACUGACCGGGGACCGGAAAUGGAAAUACUGUCCAACCAACUUUAACCCAGCAGAUUUACUUACCCGUGGUAUAACAGCGAUCCAAUUCGGUUCAUACCAGAAACUAUUACGUGUUACUGCAUAUGUGAUGAGAUUCAUACAAAACAGCAAAAGUUCUAAAAAGAGACUCGAACCCCUGUCCCCCAAUGAAUUACUUCAAGCUGAGAAAUUAUGGCUAAUAGACUGUCAGUCCAGUACUUAUCCAGCAGAGAUCAGCAACAUGAGAUCAAGUAAAUCCCGCUCACAGCUUGUCAAACAACUUCGACUAUUUUUAGAUAACGAUGGCGGAAUCCGUUGCGGAGGUCGAAUUCACAAUGCCCCAUUGGUCGAGAGUUCGAAAUUCCCUUACCUGUUACCAUCAAAACAUAAGUUGACCCGUUUGAUUGUACUUCAUUACCAUCAAAAAAUACUACAUGCUGGAGUAAAUUCUACAAUUACUUAUAUACGACAGAAGUUUUGGAUACCUGCUAUUCGUCAAUGUGUAAAGACAAUUCUUCGAAAAUGUGUCAUUUGCCGGAAAGUCGUUGGCCAAGCAUACUCACCCCCAGAUCCUCCUCCGUUUCCCAGAUAUCGAGUACAAGAUACCGUUCCAUUUACAGUGACAGGUGUAGACUUUACAGGCGCACUUUAUGUCAGAACUAAAGACGGAAUUGAAACAAAAGCAUAUAUUUGUUUAUUUACGUGUGCCUCCACACGAGCGGUGCACUUAGAACUCGUGCCAGAUUUGACAGAAGACUCCUUUCUACAAGCAUUUAGAAGAUUCAGCAGCCGAAAAUCUUUACCACAUGUCAUGAUCUCUGAUAAUGCUUCAACAUUUAUGGCUGCAUCCAACCAUAUAACACGUUUGUUCGAGUCCCGACAUGUACAUGACACACUUUCAAGUCAUGGUACCACGUGGAAAUUCAUACCUAAGCGUGCACCUUGGUAUGGAGGGUGGUGGGAAAGGUUAAUUGGACUCACAAAGACAGCUCUCAAGAAAACCCUAGGCCGUACCUACGUUACAUACGACUCUUUGCAGACUGUCAUAACCGAGAUAGAAGCCGUUAUGAAUGACCGUCCGUUAACAUAUGUCUCGUCCGGCAAUCGCCCAGAACCAGAACCAUUAACACCAGCCCAUCUUUUAUAUGGUAGACGCAUUACCACAUUACCGUAUCAUGACACUGUUGAUGAAACGGACCUAAGUUUGAGCCUUGGGAAACAACAGAACAUUACACAACGUGCCAGAGUUCAGAUUAAAAUCAUAGAAGACUUCCGUAAGAGAUGGAGACAUGAUUACCUAACUGCUCUUCGUGAACAACAUCGUACAUCCGGAAAAAAUAAACAAUCCAUAUCAGUUGGUGACGUAGUACAAGUUCACGAUGACAUUCCACGUGCACAAUGGAAAUUGGCGGUCGUUGAACAACUCGUGCACGGGAGAGAUGGACUCGUUCGGUCGGCGAAAAUUAGAACAGACAGUGGUGUUACCAAUAGACCGAUAGUGAAACUUUUUCCUUUGGAAGUUACAGAACUUUAA